AUGUUAAAAAAUAACAAAGAUGAAAAAAAUAAUAAUAUUCCUAUUAGUUUGCAAUGUAAUAAUAUAAAUUAUAAUGAUAUAUCAAAACAAAUAAUGCUUGAAGAUAUACAUAAUGUAUUAUAUAAUUUAAAAGAACGUACAUCUGAUGAAGAUCUUCAUAACAUAUGGAAUCAUGCUUUGGGUAUAUCUAAAGAAGGAUUUCAUGAUAUGAUAAAAGAAUUAGCUCUUUAUAUAGAAGAUUAUUUACUUACAUAUGAAUAUCAACGCUAUCAUCAUUUUCCAGAUAGGGAACCUAUAAGUGUAGGAACUAAAUAUCGUAUAUGGUAUAAAUCAAUUCAUGAUAUUGGAGUUGAAUUAUCAUUUACAGAUAUGGAACAUACACUUCAUAUUUAUAGUUUAGUUAAAGAUGGAGCAACAAUUAAUGAAAUCAAAAAUUUUAUAUAUUCAUUUAUAGAUUAUUACAGUACAUUAAAAAUUGAUUUAUUUAAAGAACAUAAAAAAAUAUUUACAGAAAGGAUGAAAAAUCCCAAAAGAUUAACUAUUUAG